AUGGUACGUAACGGUAAAAUUACCAUCCCUACGGAGAACACAAGUGCGGGCAACGAUGAGCCGAAUGAAGAACUAUUCGAACCGACAAUUAAGAAGAUAUUUCUGGGGAACAUAGUGAAGAAUAUCAGUAAAGAACUGGUAUUUGAAAUCCGGCAGCGGUUCUACGACGAGUCCAGCACCGGUAGCGUUACCGAAAAACAGCUGAGGGCCGUGUUGGAGCCGUACGAUCUUAAGAUAUCCGAUGAAAACUUCAGGGCCAUGUUUGCCAAAAUGGAUCUGAAGAAAGAGGGGUUCGCCAGUUUUUUGCAGUUUGUCGCAUACGUGGCGGUCGAGUUCGAGGCUUACCGUAGGCAGUUCGACAUAAUUGAGUUCCAACCGUCCAACCAGCCUGUCGUGUUGAUAUUGGACAAGCCCGUGAAAAUCGUCAACAAACACAGGCGACCUAUUGUAGGCGUCGCCUUUAAACCGCUUCUCGGUAAAGAUACCGUGUCCACGUUUGUCGACGGUGAAUACGUGACGGCCAGCUUAGACGGUAUGGUCAGCUUUUGGACGUUAGACAUGAAAUGGAAGAAAAUUGAAUGGGCCCCAUCCCGAAAUUUUUGUCAUCAGGAUAUGUUCAGCACCAAACUCACCGCUCUUGUCGUUCUGCCUGACCUGAAUAUCGUCGGAGUGAGUACUGCGGAAAACGAACUACGCUUCUACGAUACCUUGGCCGAUCAAUUUCGAUUACGUGUGGUCAUUGAAAACUUGCCCCACAUAGUCACUUGCUUUUCGUACUACUACAAGAGAGACGCCGACCCACGGGAGUUCAGUUCUAGACUAAUGUUCGGUGAUUAUAGCGGCGGAGUGCGUAUUCUUUCGAUGAUGACCAGAAGUCGUGGUCCAUUUCGGAUGAUAUCGGGCGAUGGUUAUGUUAUACACGACUACACUAUUUUGCGGGCUAAGUACAAAGCGGCCACUGCUAGAGUUGCUGCGACGUUACCUUUUCACGUAUUGGAGUUUCCCGACUUGCAUACUUUCGACGUGUUGCAAGUGGAAUUUUGCGAUAACGGCACAUCUAUCGUAUCCGUGUCAGAGUCAGCCACACGGUCGAUGGUGUAUUUCCAAGCCGUCGAAAAUGGAUGGAUGCGUUGGUUCGCGUCGCCUCUGGGGUAUUCGUGCGUUUGCACAAUCGCCAACACCCAUUUAGUCACUGGUAGCCGGGACUGCGUAGUCAGGGUGUGGAGCAUUGAGAGCUUCCAAGGGACAAGUGCUACGACCAAACAGAGAAGCAUCAACUUUACUGGACACAACGCGCCCAUCAUGCAUGUGUUUUAUAAUAACAAUAACAAGCGAUUGUACUCGAUAUGUGCCGAUCGCACUAUCAACGUGUGGAGCGUGCAUCAAGGCACGUGCUUGAUGACUUACACCGGUCUUAUAGCGCUCAGGCCCGACUUCAAGGACGUGUCCAUCCUGUUCAAUCAAUCCAACAAUACGCUAAUCAUGGGCAGCCGGUCAAUAGUGGUUCUGCCGUGCGGUGAAAACAUCAACCAGAUGUUCACCGAUGGAUAUUCCCACAAUGCGGCCGUCGUCAAGACAUUAUACAAUAAACUGUAUAGGAUUUUGGUAUCGGUGUCCGCAGAUUCGGUGAUAUCUGUCUGGAACCUGUGGUCUGGCGCACUACUUCACAAGACUCCUAAUGCGCACACCAAGCAAAUAUUCGGCGAAACUGUUCCGGCAGAGAUAACCGCAGCCAAUUUCGAUCCGUCUGGCGGUCUUUUGGUCACCGGCGCUGAAAACGGUACCAUUCGUAUGUGGGACCCCACUAACGGUACCUGCCUGAACAAAUUAAGUAUAGCGUCCAGGGGUCAAAUAUCUGAGAUUAUCUGGUUGCCUAACAAGGUAUUAGUGUCGAGUUGGGACCGCAGGAUCACGGAGUUCAACGACCCACUGCUCGUGUCUAAGGGGAAAUUAUGGUUAGUUAAACACGAAGAAGCUAUACUAACUAUGUGUGUGAAGCUACCGUCAACGUUAGUUACGACGUCAUACGGUGGUAAAAUAGGUUUUUGGAGGUUGGAAACCGGUCAGCAAAUCAAAACUUACCCGGUUAAAAUGAAACCAGACUCGAAAGCGGCAAGUCAGAAGAAUAGCAUGGCCAGCAAGAGCGUGAUGAGUUCUGGGGGUUUGUCGAGUAUGCAGUACCGAGCUGACGACAGUAGGUUGACGAGAACGACCCAGUUAAGUGGAAUGACAGAGACCAGGGAGGCACGCAUGCAGAGGCUCGGGGUCAAGUACACACCUAGAGAGUACUUUGCAGCAGCAUGCUCUCAUUUCCUUCGAGGCCGAGAGGAUGGUAAGCGAAUAGGAACGUUGCUUAUAGCUACUCGUAACGGGGUCGUGCAGAUAUGGUCCACGUACAAGAUACCGGCAUACGUGGCUCAGUUUAAAGCGAUUCACGAAGACGGUGACUAUGUCACGUCAAUGGCGUCCGAUGACAAGAGCAAGUACCUCUUCACGUGUUUCACCACAGGCUAUAUAAAAGUGUGGUACAUAGUCAAUUUCGGUGUGAUUGAAAAGCAAUAUAUCAGUAUGCCUCUGCUCAGACUCCGGUUCCCGUUUCUCAUAUAUUCGUUCUUCGUUGGACGCGCUGAACGCAGUGUACAGAACCCAGACGUUUUACUAAUAAGCUCGUACCAAGGACACUUGGCUGCCGUCAGACAUAUUGAGUACGUGCAGCACAUAAAAUUGGUGGUGACCAGCAGUUCUGAUAUGAGUGUUCGGUUAUGGACAAUUAACGGACAUUACAUAGGAACGUUAGGUACAGCUGCUCCUUGGCCUCGUUUAGAUAAAUCCAAUAUCAUAACCGUGUACACAUAUCGGCUGCCACCAGAUAUCAAACGUGUGGCGUCGUCUACCACGCUACAAGUGAUGAUGAACGGUGUUAAUUCGGUUUCCCGAUCGACUAGAGCAUGGGAACGGCUUAAGUUGCUCAAACAACAGAGGGAUAUGGAAGACAAAGAAGUCAGGCGAAAAUUGCAAGGCAACAGAUGCCCUAAACAGCCAUUGCAUAAUCAUUAUAGCCCGUCAACAAUGGUUGUCGGGGAAUCGUCUGACACCAUUACCAAAGUUGAAUAUUUCGAAGGAGUUGUACGAGUCAACCAAAUCUAA